CUCUCAAGACUCGGAAGCUGAGGGGGCGGGACCCGGCCUGAGAUUGGCUGUUGUCGGCCGACCCCCCUCACUGCGGUCCAUUCGGGCUAGCCGGUAGGCGCCUGCGCAAUGGGCCGGCCGUUGGGGGCGGGAAGCGCCUCGGGGCAGUGGAGCCCAUGUCGGCCUUGAGGCGCUCGGGCUACGGCCCCAGUGACGGUCCGUCUUAUGGCCGCUACUACGGGCCUGGGGGAGAUGUGCCCGUGCACCCACCUCCGCCCAUAUAUCCCCCCCGCCCCGAACCUCCCCAGCCUCCCAUUUCCUGGCGGGUGCGCGGGGGCGGCCCGACUGAGACCACCUGGCCGGGAGAAGGCGGAGGAGGCGAUGGCUACUACUCCUCUGGAGGCGCCUGGUCCGAGCCGGGUCGAGCUGGAGGAAGCCACCAGGAGCAGCCACCUUAUCCUGGCUACAAUUCUAACUAUUGGAAUUCUGCGCGACCUCGGGCUCCUUACCCAAGUACAUAUUCUGUAAGACCAGAAAUGCAAGGCCAGAAUUUGAAUUCUUAUACAAACGGAGCAUAUGGCCCGCCAUACCCCCCUGGCCCCGGGACAAAUACCGCCUCAUACUCGGGGGCUUAUUACACACCUGGGUAUGCUCAGACCAGUUACUCCACAGAGGUUCCAAGCACUUACCGUUCACCUGGCAACAGCCCAGCCCCAGUCUCUCGUUGGAUGUACCCCCAGCAGGACUGCCAGACUGAAGCACCCCCUCUUAGGGGGCAGGUUCCCGGAUAUCCUGCUUCACAGAACCCUGGAAUGAGCAUUCCCCAUUAUCCUUAUGGGGAUGGUAACCGUAGUGUUCCACAACCAGGACCGACUGUACGACCUCAGGAGGACUCAUGGGCUCCUCCCGGUACUUACGGAAUGGGCACCCGUUACCCCUGGCCUUCAGCUGCGCCCUCAGCGCCACCUGGGAACCUCUACCUGAGCGAGAGCACUUCAUCGUGGCCCAGCAGUGGCUCUCCUCAGCCCCCUCCGUCCCCGCCACCCCCGCUGCCCAAGGACUCCUCGUAUCCCUAUAGCCAAUCAGAUCAAGGCAUGAACCGGCACAGCUUUCCUUGCGGGGUCCAUCAGUACGAGUCCUCGGGAACAGCGAACAGUGACAACUCAGAACUCCUGGAUUCCCAGGUCCAGUACAGCGCUGCGCCUCAGCUGUAUGGUAGCGCCUCCAGCGAACAUCCCAGCAGUCAAGAUCAAAGCAAUAAUCUUCCUGAAGAGUGUUUAUCUUCAGAUGAGGGGACUCCCCCAAGUAUUAAAAAAAUCAUACAUGUGCUGGAGAAGGUCCAGUAUCUUGAGCAAGAAGUGGAAGAGUUCGUAGGAAAAAAGACAGACAAAGCAUACUGGCUUCUAGAAGAAAUGCUAACCAAGGAACUUUUGGAACUGGAUUCAGUUGAAACUGGGGGCCAGGACUCUGUCCGGCAGGCCAGGAAAGAGGCUGUUUGCAAAAUCCAGGCUAUACUGGAAAAAUUGGAAAAAAAGGGAUUAUGAAAGGAUUUAGAACAAAGGGGAAGCCUGUUACUAACUUGACCAAAGAACUCUUGAUUUUGGUUAAUUACCCUCUUACUGCAAUGCCUGUUGACAACAAGAAGCAAUACAUUCCAACUUCCCUUUGAUUUAAAACUUGAAAAACUGGUAAAGGACUUGGAAGAACAUUUUGGUUAUGAGUUGUUUAGAAUUUUCAGACCAAUGAAUGUAAUAGGAAGCUGUGGAGUUACUGAUUUUGUCAGGUAGGCGUACCCUUUAGAAAUGUAUGCGUAUCAGCAAGCUGCUUCUUACCAGCAGGAGGGAAAUACACUUCAUGUAACAGGCUCACCAGAAACCUACCAGAUAAGACUGGAUAUUAUCUGAGACUAACAGGCUGUUUUUUUAAACAUCUGGAUUACUCUGUCGCAUUUUUGUACGUUGUGACUGCUUUCAACGUAUACUUCAUGUGUAAAUUAUAGCUUGGACUCCAGCCUUCUUGGA